AUGAAGGUCGAAGUUAACACCUUUUAUAUAGGGGAUGAGCUAAAGCUAAAGGAAAUACUUCUUACCGGAUAUGCAUACUGCAGAAACUAUCUCCAGACAAGUUCAUGGAUUAGCAUUCUGAAGGACUAUUUGCUGCUAGUUUUUACCUACAGGCUCUUGAACUUUGCUACCUUCCAGUUGAAAGUCUUUGGGCUCCGCGGUUCAUUAGGCAAUCUAUAUCGUUCCAUCACAUCAAGUUUCUUUAAAUGGCUACUGAGAAGCUCGCUGAUGAAGAGCUCUGUCGAUGUUGAGGUUAAUAAAGCCACCAGGAGUAUUGAGAGAGAUUUGAUUAAGAAUGAUGCAUCUUUAAAAGAUUUCGAAGAGUUACCAGCUGUAGGAUUAUCGGAAAAAACGCUCCUCGAGGAAUUGGAUUUGAUGGAUUCUAUACUUCCCCAUACAGAGUGGAAGCGCGGAAGGGUGUCGGGAGCUGUUUACCAUGGCGGUGAUGAGCUCGUUCAUUUACAGAGUCUAGCAUUUGAAAAAUUCUGUGUUGCUAACCAGCUGCACCCAGAUGUGUUUCCUGCAGUACGUAAAAUGGAAGCUGAGGUGGUUUCAAUGACUUUGAACUUGUUCAAUGCUCCGAAGGAUACCGGUUGUGGUACCACCAGCUCUGGUGGUACCGAAUCUCUCUUGUUAGCAUGUUUGAGUGCCAAGAUGUACGCAUAUCAUCACCGUGGCGUAACAGAGCCUGAAAUGAUUAUUCCUGUCACUGCUCAUGCAGGUUUCGAUAAAGCUGGUUAUUAUUUUGGCAUUAAAAUACAUCAUGCCAGACUGGAUCCCGUAACGUUCAAAGUGGACCUUAAGCAGGUUAAAAAAUUCAUCAAUAAAAACACCGUGCUUCUGGUAGGUUCAGCUCCAAAUUUUCCCCAUGGUAUAGUAGAUGACAUCCAAGGUUUGAGUGACCUGGCUUUACGUUACAAAAUCCCACUUCAUGUCGAUUGUUGUUUGGGAUCUUUUAUUGUUGCGUUUAUGAGCAAGGCUGGCUUCAAAGAUUUGGCUCCGUUUGACUUUAGAGUUCCAGGAGUAACUUCAAUCUCCUGUGAUACUCACAAGUAUGGCUUCGCCCCAAAGGGCUCUUCCGUGAUCAUGUACCGUAAUAACGAUCUCCGAAUGCACCAAUACUACGUCAGUACCGAUUGGACUGGUGGACUUUACGGUUCACCUACGUUGGCGGGAUCAAGACCGGGAGCGUUAGUUGUGGGGUGCUGGGCAACUAUGAUCAGCAUGGGACAGAAAUGUUACAUCGACUCCUGUAAGGAGAUUGUCAACGCAUCGAGAAAAUUAAAAGCCACAAUUCAACGGGAUAUUCCAGAUCUAAGAGUUCUGGGUGAUCCCAUAUGUUCUGUAGUGUCUUUCACUUCUGACAGGUAUGACGUUUACGAACUGGGGGACAAAUUGGCAAAAAGAGGUUGGCAUCUAAGUUCGUUGCAAAAACCGCCCGCUCUACACCUGGCUAUUACCAAACCAAGUGCAAGCUCCAUAGAUGAACUAAUUGAAACCUUGAAAGAACUUGUAUCAGAAGCGAGGAAAGAUCCGGAUUCUAAACCCUCCUCUGACGGCACUAGUGCCUUGUAUGGUGUCGCUGGAAGCGUCAAGACUACCGGGGUCGCUGAUAGACUGAUUGUGGGAUUUUUGGAUACACUAUUCAAGCUGAAGCCAGCAGAUUCGUAA